UUUCAAGUAGCUUUACGAGUAUAUAAUGAUCUGUCAUGCAUCAUAUAAUCCCAUACUUAAGCUCCUCCCUACGCUCCACUUCAGUAUAAUUACACUAUUGCCAGUACGUAGCAUUUAGCUUUCAUUGCAGUACAUAAAAUGGCUAUAUUCAUCUUCCUUCUUGCUGCUGCAGCUAUUUACACCAGUGCUUUAUCAUCAUCAUCAUCAUCAUCAUCAAGUGGUGUUUUUCAAAUCCACGACCGCUUCUCAAGCGACAUUGUUGAUGCCUUGGGAAACCAUGGCUUGCCUAAGAAAGGAGGCUUGGACUACUUUUCCUACAUGGCAGCCCUUGAUUCCAAGAGACUGCAAUCUUCUCCGGCAUUGACUCUCUCAUCUGGAGAUGCCAGUUUUCAGAUAUCAAGUAUCCACUACGCAAGAGUUUAUGUUGGAACGCCAGCCUUGCCAUUCAUCGUUGCACUUGACACAGGGAGUUCCUUGUUUUGGCUCCCAUGCAAUUGCAGUGUCUGUUUACGCAACAUCACUUUGGAUUCUCCACAGCCCGACCUACCACAGAUAACGAAUCUCAAUAUUUACCAUUCGGAUAAAUCGUCCACGUAUAAAAUUAUUGGUUGCCCAACUUCAAAUAAUGGGUGCCCGUAUGAGGUCCUAUACUUGGAUGGAUCAUCCGCUACAGGAGUACUCAUAUCAGACAUAUUACACCUAACCACUUAUGACAAGCAACACCAACACAUCCAGGCUGCUGUGACAUUCGGGUGUGCAUCCAACGUAACAGGCCUCUUUCUGGGAGUUUCAGCUUUUAAUGGAUUGUUGGGGCUUGGGCCGGGUACUGGGCCUGAUGACAUGGAUGCCCUCAGCAUUCUCGCUGCUCAAGGGAUUGUUGGCAAUUCCUUCUCCCUCUGUUUCCAACCCAGUGGAAAGGGGAGAUUAAUAUUUGGAGACAAAGGCACUCCCAAUCAGAGAGAAACACCAUUUGAUCUAAAUACCCAAAAUGAAGGGUACAAUAUUAUGAUUGAGGAGAUUGUUGUGAAUAAAAAUAUCACAAAAACUGUUGAUCUAACUGUGCUUUUUGAUUCGGGUACAUCAUUCACAGUUUUAAGUGAUCCCGCCUACACAUUUAUUACAGAAAAUGUUAUAUUACCAUUUGGAUCCACAGUGCUGAGAUCAAGGCCC